UAAACCUCAGAAGAAGAAAAAGAAGACGCGGAAAAGGAAAAACAAUGAGGAAAGAGAAGGGCGAACAGCAAGAAUGAGCGAUAGGCCUAUGCGUUUAAAAUAAGAAACAAAGAUGAAGAUUAUCCUCUGUAUUUUCCUGCUGAACAUUACAGCAGUGAAUGUGUUUGGCCAGUCGGUGGAGCUGAACCGCAUUCUGGGAGAGAGUGUGAAGUUCCCAGCUGCAGUGAAAAAGGGCGGAUAUUUGAUGUACGGCGGUGACCCCAUUGGAGACAGUAGCCUUGGGACGCCCGGUAUUGGGAAUUACAGAGGCAGACUGGACUGGGACAGCUGCACUGGACUCUUCUCCCUCUCUGGGCUGAAGAUGGAGGACAUUGGAGAGUAUAAAGUACAUAAUACAGACCAGAACAUAACCGUCUUCCAGCUGAAUGUGUACAUUAAUGUAUCAAAGCCGCAUGUCAGCAUCACUCAGAAUGAGUACCCCUGCACUAUAGAGUGCACUGCAGAGAGAGGGACAGAAGCGACUCUGUCUUGGUACAGAGAGGGUGAGACGAAGCCCUACAGCAGGUCAUCUGUACGCAGUGCCCCACACCUGGAUCUGCCUCAGACUGUGGAGAGGAGCGGUACAUACACCUGUGAGGCCAAGAACUCAGUCAGUAAUGAGAAGGCCUCAAUCACUGUGGGGAACCACUGCACAGCAGUGAGUGUGUUUGGCCAGUCUGUGGAGCUGGAUGGCAUUGUGGGAGAGAGCAUAGAGUUCCCAACCAAAGUGGAAACCAGCGGGAGUUUGAUACACAGCAGUGUCACCAUUGGACUUGUCCAGGGUGGGGAACUUAUAUCUCUCACUCACCCGGAGUUCAAGGGCAGGGUGCAGUGGAACAAAAGCACUGGACUCUUCUCCCUCUCUGGGCUGAGGCUGAAUGACUCUGGAGUCUACAAUGUGCAAAAUGACGGGCAGAAAUCAGUCUCUUUGCUCCUUUCACCCCAGACCUACUUCCCCUCAUUGUAG